UUUUUCGUACGCCAUGCCGUAUUGCAAUGGAUUUUUAUCGAAAGUUCGAAACAAAAUUACUUAUUAUAUGGAACGUUUAGCAAACCGUCAUCGGCACAAUCAUUCAAUGAUUGCCCAUUACAGAAGAAGGAGCUACUUGCUAUAUAAUUGGAAUAAUAUUGCAGAUUCAUUCCAUAACGAUGUAUUCAAACGCUUUUCGACAAUAUUGGAAAGGAGAGGAAACAUUAAAAAGUUAGUAUUUAUUACCAUUUGGAACAAAACAUCGUUGAAUUCAGUAAGAAGCCGAGUUGCGAAGUCUUAUAGAACUAUUGACCUUGCCAAUGGCAUUUCACGGCUACAAAGCAAUAGUGAAUUAAUAGUUUAUUUUAUGCCUCAAUAUUUUUCUAAUAGCAGUGAAAUUUGGGUUGAAGAAAUUUCGAUGCACUCAACGCCAACAAUUCAGUUAAAUGAAAUAAUUGCCGGGCUUGCUAAUUUACAACAGAUCAUCAACAUGACUAAAAAACACGGCUUUGUGGAGGAUGCCACAGAAGUAGAUAGUCGAUACUAUAAAAUAACCUUUAGGAGGCGAGACUUUUAAGGGUGUAUUUGAAAGCAAUCAACAAAAGUUACAUAUUGACAUCUACCAAAUUUAUUAAGUCAGUCAUUCUUGGAUUCUUAAAAGUUUCAUUCGAUUACAUUAAAAUCAAAAAGAGUAAGAAAUAAAAAUUACUCUUUUUAACAUGGAUGUUACUACUUUCAGACCCAAUGAAAUAGACGUACUAAUUUUUCUGCACAUACACGUAUUCAUUAUGGCUUUCCUGAGCCCAACUGUUGAAAAAAUAUAACUAAUUA